AUGGGACUGAACCCACUUCCAGAUAUGGAACUACAAUGGGAAAGUGACACAUUUUAUAACAACCCUGAAAUAUCUCAAGUAUUCACUCUGACACGAUUUAAGAAAAUAAUGGAAAACUUGCAUCUGAACGAUAACGAAAUGGAGCGUCCAAGGGGUUCUCCUGGACAUGAUAAACUUUAUAAAUUGAGGCCAAUGAUAACUGAUUUGAACGAAGUGUUUAUGAAUGAAAUGUAUGACUCGAGCCGACAAUGUAUGGUUAAAUUUAAGGGCAGAAGUAAUUUGAAGCAGUACAUGCCUAAAAAGCCCAUAAAAAGGGGCUUCAAAAUAUGGGCCAGGUGUGACGCUACAACAGGCUAUAUGUACCAGUUUCAAAUUUAUACAGGGAAAGGAGACAGCGCAGAAAACGAAGGACUGGGAUAUAAUGUAGUUAUGUCACUUUGCCAGGAUUUUCCAAGAAAUACACUGGUUGCUUAUAAUUUCUUCACCAGUUGCAACUUGAUGGAUUAG